AUGUAUUUCAUAGCCUCCUUCGUGUUGGCUCGACGACAACACCGCGAUGACGAGGCGUGGCGUCGUCCCAUGAGCGGGAAGCGGUCUGAAGAAGAUUUGGUUGUUGUUUUGAAGCGGUUAGUUCUUGGGGAGAGUUUUGCUGAGUGUACGAUGGGAGCUCAGGUUCCUUUACUGCGCUGUGUAUUUGUGGAUAUGGAAUGGAUAGAGCACAGAACCGCUUGCUUUACUUUCUUCAUUGCUUCGCAGAAAUUGUCGAUAGUUAAGGGAGACCAGGAAGAGAGGGCAAUAGUAUGA